AUGAGCUAAAAUAAAACUACUAUAACGUAUUAAUAGCAUGAAAGACCAAGCUAAUUUGAAACGCCAUCUAAAAUUUUUCCUUAGUUUAGUAGCAGCUUGAAUUAAGGAAGUUAAGAGAAAAAAAACUAUUUCAAAAAUGAGCAUCAACAAUAAAAAUUUUUUUCUAUUCAAAGAAAUAAUCAUUAGCCAAGUAGACAUUUCAGUCCAGAGAAAUAAUUACUAGAAUUGCCUAUACUUAAUAGCACAAAUAUAGGGGAAAUGAAUUAUAAGCGUUUAAAUGAGUUUAAGACUGCAUUGAAUUAAACUAGAAAAUUUAGGAAUGGAAGUCUCAAUGAUAAUUACUACUCCCUAAUCCAAUAAAUAAAAAGGAAACACCGUUUCGAUGAAGAGCAAAGAGAUAACUCAGACUACACAUACCAAACGAGUGAUUGUAAUAGGAAUAAGAUACUGGCUAAUGCAAUGUUUAAUAUUGCAACACCUUUUAAUGAAUUAAAUCAUAUAAAUUAAUAGACUUGCUUUAAUCUAGAUAUGAAUCUUUGGUUAAAUAAAUAAAAAUAAAAUUUGAAUAACAGUUUAUUUGCUCUUGCUCCAAUAGGAGAUUCCCCUCAAAAUAAUUUUAAAAAAACAAUUAAUAAACCUCGCAGUAGAAUACUUUCACUUCCUCCUACAGCAACUACAAAAUUAAGCGAAGGCUCUUAAAUAAUUAACAAAAGCUAUUAAAUAACAAAUAGCUUUUAGUAACAGCAAAGUUAAUUAAAUAAGCAUAAAAAGCUAAAAACUUAAUAAUCAAGCCUCUCUCCCGCGAAGACUUCAUUAUUUGAUGAGAAUUUUUAGUUGAAGGAGAUUUUAGUACCUUCUCCAAAAAAAAAGAUACUUGAAAUAAAUUUUGCUACUGGGAUGAGUGAGAAAAAUAAAAAAAAGCAUGGAGAUAAAACCAAAACAGAAAUAAUACACACUCCUUACAUAGAUAAAGCAAUAUAAAUAAUAGAAGAAAAGUAUUAAUUAGAUAAUAAUAAUAAUGAAAAUGAGAAUUCUUAGCUUUUUUCCUCUAAUAUGUAAGAAGAAAUCAAUAAAAAAAAGUUGGCUGAAACCCAAAAAGACCCAUUUAUAAAAAUAGAUGGAGGCUUUGGAGAUUACAUUCUCAGAUAUCAUCAUAUCAAACAAAGGAUUUAAAAUAAGCUUAUACCUCAAAAAGUUGCUAUGCCUAACUUAUCUAAUCUUUUAUAAAACUACCAAGAACUAGAAGCUGAAAUUGAAAGAAAAAAAGAGGAGUAGCACUCUGAACAAGAAAAUACUCCAAUUCCUUAAACUCAUAAAAAGAAGAACUAGCUUGAACCAAUUUAGUUUAAUAAAAUAUGA